UAUCUGUAGAAGUUAGCGUUCUAAAGUCUACCAGUAUGAUGAGUAAACCAAAUCUAGGAGGGAUGCCAUUGUAGACAAUUUGUUGUUUGAGUGGUUUCCAAAUCAGUUUCCAAUGCCUCCCAUUUUCCAGGUCAAAAUUAACUGCAAUUCAUUCUAAUUUCUUGGAUAAUCUAUAGAAACGGGCAAGAAAAAGUAAUUAAUUACCACUCUUAAAGCAAAUAAAUCGGUAACAUGUACACUAAUGAAAGGAUCAGUUCAACAGUAAUUCUGCUGUUCAGCAUUUGCCAUUUCUGAAAUGUUUAAAAGUUGCCUGUUGAAGCAAGUUACAAAUGUCUAAGAAACUAAACUUUCUGAGACCUCAUUUACAAUUUUUUGUUAAUACUGUUACUUACCAGUUCAUUGUCCCAAAUUCUUCCUUUAGCAACAGCACACUGCCUUCAUUUCCAAUUGAAAAAAGGCACUUUAUAGCAUUCUUUAGGACCAUAUUCACAUUUAGUGUCUGGAGCGAAUGAGGACUAACACAACCAAUGCUCUUUAAUUUGAUGGUAUCCGCAGUUUUCCUAAUGUUCCAGUAAAAUGAAAUCUAUGAAAAACUUUUUUUUAGAUAUACAUAUAUAAAUAAUUAGGCCUUCCUAGUAAACUCACUUUUCUCUGUCAAUAUCAGAUAAAUAUACUAUAUAAAUAAUAUAGCAUGUAUGCUCACCCUAAUUACUGCAGUAUUUUCUAUGAUGAAUAGUCGACAGGUAGAACGCCACAGCAGAUACAUCCCUUUUUCCGUAACAUCAAAAUGAACAAUCCCACUCUUGAUAUAUUGAUCUUAUGGUUAAUCUGUAAAAUUGGAGAAGAAAAACGAAUAAACUACACUAUUUAUCAAUAAAAACAUGAAAUGCAAUGAAAAUUCUUACCGAAAAGCAAAAUUGCAAAAUUUUAAAAAUGGCGAUGUGGUGUCGCUUUUAAUACAAGAUGGCAAGAUGAACUUGAUGAACAAGAUCUUUACAAGAUGCACAAAUUUCAUAGAUUCGUAAAUAAUUAAAACUAUAGAACAUAGAUGGAAAAUCAUAUCACCAAGCUAAUAUUUUACGUUCAAAUUAAACUUUCUAUGAAUCAUGACAGAAUCGACAAUAUAGUGGCGCUAUAAUCGCUAAUUGUCUUUUCAAAAAAAAAAAUUGACUGAAGUCUCCCAAUACAUGCAAUUUUUAGGAAAUAGCAGCUGCGGUGUACAAUAACAAUACAGAAAUGUAGACCACAAUAAUAAUAGGUACAAAUGGAUUCGCAAAUAGUAAUUAAUAAAGAAGAUAGUAUUGAUAAGCAGAACCAAUCAUUUAGUUAUAUUGCAAUUCCUAUUGAUGCUUUAGAUUUAUCAAAUCAAGAGGUUCAAACAUUCCUUUCACAAAAUAUUAUAGUAAAAUCGCUACCUGACAAUAAAUUUUGUGUUGUCGAAACAUCCCAGAAUACCACCCGACCUACUGUAAUUGAAUAUGGUUGUAAUUCUGAUCCAACUGACUUACUUCAAAAUACACACAUUACGCUUUCUACUUCUGAGAACAACAACAUCAUACAGCAAGAACUAGGACAAAAUACAAGUCCCAAAGAUGUCCAAAACAAGAAGAAAAAAAAGUUCCAGUGCAAUGUUUGUUCAACAAAAUUUAAAAAUCCCCAAUACUAUGAAAAUCAUAUGGAACAGCAUCACAAAAAAAAGAAAUACAAAUGUGAUCAGUGUUCUGCUAGCUUUAAUGUACAAGACAAUUUUAGGAUUCAUACAGCAAUGCAUACUAAAGGUGAACCUGCUUGCCCUUUGUGUGACAGAAAAUUUCAAAGAUUAGCGAGUCUUAAAUCUCAUCUUCUUUUGCAUCAAAUUGAAGAAACAUUUACAUGCAGUGAUUGUCAAUUAGAAUUUGAAAACGAGGACGAAUUUAAUGACCAUGUAGCUUGUCAUCUAAGUGAUUUAGUAUCUAACAGAUCAGAAGGAACAACACUGAAGCGAGUUUGCAGUUAUUGCAAUUCUAAUUUUGAAUCAUAUAAAGAGUAUAAGGAACACAUUUCUUAUCAUAUAAAGGUAAAUCGGUUAUUGCAUAGUGCCAAGAAAAGUAAAAGAAAAACAAAUAUUAAUAAAGAGUAUCCACACAAAUGUGAUGUAUGUCAAAAAAGUUUUGUGAAAGUUUGUCUACUAGAAAGACAUUUUAGGAUACACAGUGGUGAAAAACCUUUUGUUUGUAAAGAAUGUAAUCGUGGUUUUGCACAGAAAGGAACACUACAAAUUCAUAUGUCAAAACACACAGGAGUUAAACCUUUUUUAUGUACGCUAUGUCCUGCCAGAUUUUGUCAAAAAGGUAAUCUUCGAGUCCAUGUAGAGAAAACCCAUACAGUACCACGACCUGGUGAGAACAUGUACAAAUGUAACUUAUGUUCGUGCAUUUUUAAAAAAGUUGCAUCUUUAAAUGGCCAUAUAACUAGAAUACAUUCAGGUAAAAAAUACGACGACAUCUCAGAAGUUUUACAUCAAUUAAAAGAACUUGAAAAACAAACAUGUGGUAAAACAAAAAAUGAAUGUGAAAAAAAAGAUUCAAUAGUUGCCCCUGAAUUAGACUUAAAUCUGAAUUCCGAUCAAACGGAUAUGGAAAAAAAAAAUUUUGAUGAUAAAGUAGAUUUUAAGUAUGUUACAUUGACUGAAUCGAUUGGGGGAGAAGCGGUGAGGAAUUACGAAGUUAAGCAGAGGAAAGUAGGAGACGUUCGAUGGUAUGUUUGUUCAUUUUGUAUCAAGGAGUUUAAAAAACCUUCCGACCUUCUUCGACAUAUAAGGGUUCAUACUCGUGAAAAACCGUAUUCUUGUGACAUAUGCAAACAAAAAUUUUCAUUAAAGUCUACGUUAUCUACACACUUAAAUACUCAUGUAAAAGAAAAAUUAUACAAGUGUAAAAUUUGCGAUAGAUUACUUCCAACCGCCAAGGCCUUAUAUGUUCACACCAGGCGUCAUGAAAGGGGAGAAUUAAGUAACGAGAAACAAAAAGAGAAGCAUAUCUCAACGUGCAAUAUAUGUAAACGGUCUGGUUUUCAAAACGAAUUAGAAUUGAAAUUACAUAUUGAAGAGCACAAAAAUGAUCAACAGAAUGAUGCCAAUGAUAAUAAAAAUAAACAACCGUUAUUAUUGACUCCACAAGGAUUACUUCCGGUAGAUGCCGUAAAAUCAAAAAACAUGAGUCUUUCUAGAAAUCAAAUUAAACCUCACAUAUGUUCAGUUUGUUGCGCUUCAUUUUCUAGAAAAGUACAUCUGAAGAGGCACUUUUUGACGCAUACUGGCGAAAGAAAGUUUAAAUGUGAAAUAUGUCCUAAGUCUUUUUAUACUACAUAUGCUAUGAAUGAGCAUCUCAAGUUCCAUUAUAAUAUCAAAAAUCAUGCGUGUAAGAUUUGCGGAAAGCGUUUUGUGACGAGGGCCAUUUUAAAAAGGCACUCGAUAACGCAUUCUACACAAAAACCAUACUUUUGUCCAAUUUGUAGUAAACAGUUUAAAACGAUUUCGUUGUGUAGGAAGCACAUGUUGACCCAUUCGACUGAACGUCCUUUUGCUUGUUCUUAUUGUGAAAAAACCUUUAAGACCGUUUCUAUGUGUCGGGACCACAUCAAAGACGUGCCGGACUAUAUUCGAGUAAUUCCAAGUGAUGAUAUAAAGGGAACAGAAAAUCAUACAAUGAAAAAUGAAUACAAUACAGUAAAUUCAAAUGUAGAAAAUUUGAAUGCAAGUUCAAUUCCUUCGACCAAUAUAGGUGGUAUAAUAAAUUCUUCCGGAAUUGUAACAGCAGAAGUUAUUGAUAAUCAGAAAAACCAAGGAGAUCAAAUUCCAAUGCUGUUGCAAAUUGAAAAAGUUCAAAAUUCGGAUCAAAUUCAAAUAAAUAAUAAUAUUCCCUUGGAAAAUAAUUCAAGUAUCCAAACUAUUUUUAUUGAUUAUGAUGAUUUUCAAAUGCGUUUAUUGCCAAACUAUAAUUUUCUUACAUCUGAUUUCUCACAAGUAAAGGAGGGAAAUGAAGAAGCACAGAACAAUCUAGAGCAAUCCAAUAUUUUACUGUCAAUUGACCCAGCUUUAAACCAAAUUAAUCAAGGAAAUGGAGACACUUUUUUAACCGCAAGUGUAGCAAACGUAACUGCAAGUGAUUUAGUUGAAAUCCAAAAUUCAGAUGUCGAACAAUCUGAACAGUUACAGUCUCGAAAUUUUGAUAAAAUUGUAGUAACUGCGAACGUGAGUGAUCUUACAUUACCUCAUCACAAUGUUGCCUUGUUUGGUGCGGAAGAUUUUGCAGAUUAUGGCAUUAACAUUGCACCACCUGAAAUUGUAACUGAUAAAAUUACAACCAAUACCUUAAAGGAUGUAAAAGCACUAAGUUCCCCAGUUAACACAAAAGGUGCAGAAGAGUUGUCUCAAUUAAAUAAUAAUGGCAACCUUUCAAAAGAGAACGCCCAACAGCAGAACGAAGCAAUUCCUGAAGAUUUAGAUAUUGAAAAACAGGUUGAUCCUCGGAAAAACAAAAAAGCAACAAUUUAUCAAUGUCCCUCCUGUUAUAGAACAUUUACUAAAAAGAGUACAUAUGUGAAGCAUCAUGACUAUCAUAAGAAAAAACAGGACAAUGUAUGCAAGUUUUGCUCGAAGAUAUUUAAGAAACCGUCUGAUCUUGUGAGACAUUUGAGAACCCAUACAGGAGAACGUCCUUUUCGAUGCUCACAGUGUGAAAAAAGCUUUUCGUUAAAAUCGACUCUCGAUUCCCAUUACAAAACCCAUAAACCUGGAGGUCAUAAAGAGUUUAACUGUCUUGUCUGUAAUUCUUACUUCAGCUCUAAAUCGAGCCUGAAAGUGCACAUGUUACUUCACACUGGAGCGAAGCCUUAUUCCUGCCCUUCAUGUCCCUUAAAAUUCCGUACUACAGGACAAAGACAGUCACACAUUAAAAAGCAUACGAAGGAAGGAAGUAAAGACUGCAAAGCUUCAAAUAACAAGUCAAAAUCGUCAAAAAGAAAAUUGGCAGCACAACAACUUCAAGAAAUCACAGAUAAAGAAAGCCAAAUGUUAGCAAAUGAGAAAACUGGUAAGACUGUAAAAGCAGUUUCAGAACAACAAAGCACCAAAUAUAGUAACAAAGCCAUUGAAAUGGAUACCUUAUUUUAUCAGUUGGACUUUGAAGGAAACAGUUACAUCCAUGAAAAUUUAGGAACCAUCCCAAUCUCAUUCAUUCAACUGGACGAUGACAAUCUGUUAAGGAUAAGAUUGGCUGCUACUGAUAGUCAUCUAUCAGUAUCAGAUUUCCUUUUAACUGACAUGUCAGUAGAAUCAGUUUCUGCUCAGCAAUCAGUCAAUAAUCAGACAAAUAACGUGAACGAUUUCACAUGCUCUAUAUGCAAGAAAAAAUUGAAGAAUCAAAAGGUCUUAAAAAAACACAUGAAAAUUCACGAGAGGAAAAAGUAUUUCUGUGACAAAUGUACAAAAACGUUUGCAUUUGAACAUGAACUAAUUGAACAUAGCCAAAUCCAUAACGGUAUCAAGAGAUUCCCAUGUAAACUUUGCGCCAAUAAGUUUGAUACGGAUGCUAAUCUUAAAAUACAUAUGAAGAGGUAA